AGGCGGUGUGUCGUGGUUAAUAUGUAACGCUCAGAGCACACUUGCACUUUGUUUCCCCAAAUAAUAGAUGGAGCUUUCUGAAGCAAUCUUGAACAAGCUGAAUGGUUGUGCAACCAAACCUCUCAAAAUAUGGCGGUACACAAAAUGAAGAUGGGAUUUAUGUUUAUUGUAACCUAUAUGUGCUUCCUUGCUCCUGUCCACCAAGCGCACCUUCCAAGCGCCACCAUCUCAGACCUUUCCUUCAAAAAUAUGGACUUUGCCAUGAACCUAUACAGAAAUAUAUCCAGCUAUCAUGACAAAAACAUCUUUUUCUCACCUCUGAGCAUUUCCACCAGCUUUGCUGCUCUCUUAAUGGCUUCUGAUGGUGUCACACACGAGGAAAUACUGAAGGGACUCAACCUGGAGGAGCUGGAGCGGGCUGACCAGCCAGAACUUAUCCCAACACUCUUUCAACUCCUUCAUGAGGGAAUCGUACAGAAUGGAUCACUGAAACUGGACCAAGGCAUGGCCCUCUUUAUGCGCCAGCAGUUUGCGGUGAAGGAGGUAUUUAAAGGCCAAAUCAAGAGGUUUUUUGACGCGGACAUCAAAAGUGUAGACUUUGCGGACACAAAAGGGAGUAUCAGCUUCAUCAAUGAGUAUAUCAAGCACAAGACUGAAAACAAAGUGACCAAGAUGAUUUCCACCCUGGAUGCAACGACCCAACUCAUGUUGAUCGACACAAUUUUCUUUCAGGGAGCCUGGCAGAUGCCUUUCAACCACAAUUUAACUGAAAAUGCACCGUUCUACAUUGACAACUAUAAUAUUGUGCAAGUGCCGAUGAUGUUUUUAGAAGAUAAGUUCUACUCCAUGGAAGAUGUUCCUCUUGGUGCCAGGGUGCUGAAGCUACCAUACCAGGAAGGUGUUUCCAUGCUUAUCCUGCUCCCCAACAAAGGCAUGGACUACACUGUAAUUGAUGAUGGGAUCACUGCUGAGAGGUUCCUCAGCUGGAUCAAAAAGCUGCAGAAAAUCAAACUGGAGGUCAACAUGCCCAAAUUCAAGAUGGAGGAGUCAUAUUCCAUGCACGAUAUUCUACCAGACAUGGGCAUGGCCAGUAUCUUCAAUAAUCAUGCCAAUUUGACAAAGCUGAGUAAGGAAGAAGGCCUCAAAGUGUCUGAGGUGCUGCACAAGGCUGUGAUCGAGGUAGACGAGACAGGGACCACUGCAGCAGCUGCCACAACAACUGGCAUUAUUGCAUAUUCCUUACCCAGAACCUUCACUGUCAACAGACCAUUUUUCUUCUUCAUAUACCAUGAAGACACAAACUGUAUUCUGUUCAUGGGCAGGGUCAUUGACCCCACCACAAACUAGCAGUCAUGACUUUGCUGUUUGAUUCCUGAAGUGCUUGCACUUAACAUUGUGUAAGGCUAUUUUGAUGCAUUUUUUUAAUUUUAAAUUGAAAAUGCUUGUGCUGGUCUGUUCUGUAAGCCUACCUAUAUGUAUUAUUACCUAUUAAUAAAGAAUUUACGUU